AUCUAAUCUUUUUACAAAACACACAUUACUAUUUUAUUCGCAAUGCUUGGACCGAUGAUAUAGAAGUUCUUCGUAGGAUGUCCUUACCAUGAGACAGCAAAGAAGAACGAGAGGAACGUGUGUUGUCUUGAUUGUUGCACCAGUCUCUGUCCUCACUGUGUACCCUCUCAUAGAUUUCAUAGACUCCUUCAAGUUCGCCGUUAUGUGUAUCACGAUGUUGUUCGGCUUGAAGAUCUUCAAAAACUCAUCGACUGCUCUAACGUUCAAGCUUAUACAAUAAAUAGUGCAAAAGUGGUUUUCAUCAAGAAGAGACCACAAAAUAGACAAUUCAAAGGAGCUGGCAACUAUUGCACUUCUUGUGACCGAAGUCUUCAAGAACCUUAUAUCCAUUGCUCCUUGGGUUGUAAGGUGGACUUUGUGAUGAAACGUUACAGGGACUUAACCCCAUUCCUAAAGCCAUGUCACACUCUUACCCUAGGUCCUGACUACAUCAUCCCACAAGACUUACUGACAGAUGAUGAAGUGGCGGCCUACGAGACUCCUCGAUCAACUGUGGUAGACGGUGAUGAGUCCAUGAGCUGGUCCUCGGCUUCCUCGGAUAACAACAAUACGGGUGCGGCUGCUGCUUAUGCCGCGACCACAACCCAUGUCGUGAGGAAAAAGCGGACCGGUUUUUGCCUUUGCGCCAAAUCGGCUAAUAGUUAUAAAGAAGUUUCGGAGGAUCCUGACGAUAUUUCUACUUGCAUCAAUCGGCGAAAAGGCGUUCCUCAACGAUCUCCUCUCUGUUAACGUACUCUUUUAUUUUUUGUUUUUGUUUUUUAAUCUUCUUAAUUAGUUUCUUUGCACCAUAUAGUCUUAUAUGUUACAUGUAUGGAUUCUUGUCGUGCGGUCUCUCUAAUAAAGUUUAUAAUCAGUU